UCCCAAAUCCUCCUCCUCCUCCGCUCCUCCUCCCUCCGCGAUUCGUACUCGUCUCCCCCGAAACCCUAACCCUAACCCUGACCCUAACCGAGGCGAUCGGCCAUGGCGAAGGACGCUGGGGAGGGGGGCGAGUUCGCGGCGAAGGACUACGCGGACCCGCCCCCGGCGGCGCUGGUGGACGCGGCGGAGCUGGGGCGGUGGUCGCUGUACCGCGCGGCGAUCGCCGAGUUCGUCGCCACGCUCCUCUUUCUCUACGUCACCGUCGCCACCGUCAUCGGCUACAAGCACCAGUCCGAUCCCAACCUGAGCCCCGCCGCCGCGUGCGCCGGGGUCGGGAUCCUCGGGAUCGCCUGGGCCUUCGGGGGGAUGAUCUUCAUCCUCGUCUACUGCACGGCCGGGAUCUCGGGUGGUCACAUUAACCCGGCGGUGACGUUCGGGCUGUUGCUGGCACGGAAGGUGUCGCUGGUGCGGGCGCUGCUGUACAUGGUCGCGCAGUGCCUGGGUGCUGUCUGCGGCGUGGGGCUGGUGAAGGGCUUCCAGAAGGCCUUCUUCGUCCGGUACGGCGGCGGCGCCAACGAGCUCGCCGCCGGCUACUCCAAGGGCACGGGGCUCGCCGCCGAGAUCAUCGGAACGUUCGUUCUCGUCUAUACCGUUUUCUCCGCCACCGACCCCAAGCGCAGCGCUCGCGACUCCCACGUCCCGGUUUUGGCUCCCCUUCCGAUCGGCUUCGCCGUGUUCAUGGUCCACCUGGCCACUAUUCCAAUCACCGGAACCGGGAUCAACCCGGCGCGGAGCUUCGGCGCCGCCGUGAUCUACAACCAAGACAAAGCCUGGGAUGAUCAGUGGAUCUUCUGGGCGGGGCCGUUCAUCGGGGCGGCGAUCGCGGCGGCGUACCACCAGUAUGUGCUGAGGGCUGGGGCAGUGAAGGCCUUGAGCUCCUUCCGGAGCUUCAAUGCAUGAGUGUUUUUUUUUUCUUCUUUUUCCACGAGAGGAGGGAAACAAAAAGUAGAAUUUAGUUUUAAUGGAGAGUUCGAAUUGUCGAUCUAUGCAUAAAUCUAAGGCCGCUUAAAAUCUUAUUGCAAUAUUGUUGGCCUUAUUUUUGUGUUUCUUCUACUCUCAGUUGUUUCUCCAACUUAAUUAAAAUGUUAAUGUUUCCACCUGAUAUAUCAUUAAUGUA